AUGAAACCACAACAAAAACUCUCCCUCUUACUCUCACCACUGAUCUUCACUCUCAUCCUACCUUCUCCUCCUAUCUCCGCCGCCGACGACGACUUCCCUUGCUCCUCUUCCCUUUACGAUCCCCCGCCGCCGUCCUUAAACUACUCCAACUCCCACCUCCACCCUCCCAAUCUAUCUACCAACAACAAAAACCGCUCCACCGCCAAACCCCCUCCGCCGCCGCCGCGGGUGUGGACGAGGUCCUGCUCCGACGCCGUCCUGGAGCUGGCGCGGCUGCCGGAGGCGGUGAGCUGGAUCAGAAACUUGAGGAGGAAGAUUCACGAGUACCCUGAGCUGGCGUUUCAGGAAGUGAGGACCAGCGCUUUGAUACGAAGCGAGCUGGAGCGGAUGGGCGUCGGGUUCAAAUACCCGCUGGCCCAAACGGGCAUCCGGGCCUGGAUCGGGACCGGCGGCCCACCUUUCGUCGGCCUCCGUGCAGAUAUGGAUGCGCUUCCCAUUCAGGAAGCGGUGGAGUGGGAGCACAAGAGCAAAGUGGCGGGUAAAAUGCAUGCUUGCGGCCAUGAUGCUCAUGUCGCAAUGCUGAUGGGAGCUGCCAAGAUUCUCAAGGCCAGAGAGCAACUCCUUCAGGGGACAGUGAUCCUAAUCUUCCAGCCGGCAGAAGAAGCCGGCAACGGAGCAAAACGCAUGAUCGCCGACGGCGCCCUGGAAAACGUGGAGGCAAUCUUCGCACUUCACGUCUCCCACGAGCUCCCCACCGCCGUCAUCGGCUCCAGGCCGGGCCCUCUGCUCGCCGGCUGCGGCUUCUUCCGAGCACUCAUCACCACACCCCACAACCGCCGCCAUGGCAAUUCCAUACUCGCAGCCUCCGCCGCCAUCAUCAGCCUGCAGGGAAUCAUCUCUCGCGAGGCGAACCCUCUCGACUCGCAGGUCGUCUCCGUCACCACGGUCGACGCAUCCUCGACGACCAGCGGAGAGUCGAUUGUCGUGCUGGGCGGCACAUUCAGGGCAUUCUCCAAUGCCACAUUCUACCAGCUCCUCCACCGCAUACGCCAGGUGAUCGUGCAGCAGGCAGCGGUGUACAGAUGCUCCGCGACCGUCGACUUCUUCGAGGAGGAAUCGACGAUCUACCCGCCCACUGUGAACGACGAAGGGAUGUACGAGCAUGUGAGGAAGGUGGCAGGGGAUCUGCUGGGUGCAGCCAGCUUCAGGGUGGUGCCGCCGAUGAUGGGCGCAGAGGACUUCUCGUUCUACUCCGAGGUGGUGCCGGCAGCGUUCUACUACGUCGGGAUACGUAACGAGGCGUUGGGAUCAACGCACACCGGACACUCACCGCACUUCAUGAUCGACGAAGAUGUUCUUCCCGUCGGAGCUGCAGCACAUGCUGCCAUUGCUGAGAGGUAUCUUAUAGGGUAUGGAUGA